AAGGAGCGACGCAGGAGUUCGUUUGGCUUCGCCUCCGAUCCAGAGAUCGGAAUGGAGAGCUACUUGGACAACGACUGGAACGUCAAGCAGGACUCAAGCAACUGUUGGAAAGCCGUCGGCCGCGUCGUCAAGAAAGUUGCCAGGAGGGUCCGACGACACGGCGAUCUUGCCAAGCCCGCCGAGGAUGGGAAGAAGAAGCAUCAAAUCCGGAGGAAGAUCCAUCUGGCAGUACUGUCUAGUCAAAGACCUGCAAGAGCUGCAAUGCAGCUUAUAAAGGAUCUAGCUCAGGGCAGGACACCCGAAACUGUGCGUAGGAGGGGCCCUGGAUUGAGAUCAAGAUCCUCCUCAGGUCACUACAGUUGGCCGCCGUCUUGUGAGAGAGCUCAAAAUCGUUAUGGUGUUGAGGGGGUUGCAGGAAUCGAUGGCAGUGCACUAUCUUAUGAAUCGUGAUGCGUUUGAUGGAUUACGACUUACGAGAGAGAAGUAAAUCUCAUCAGUCACAUGUAUUAAUAUAACUGCUGAAAUUCAAACAACUACUUAUUGGAAUUUUCAUUGUCAGUCA